CAUCGAUGCUAAGGAAGUAUCAUUGUUUACAGAGCACCAAAGGGGAUGCUAGUGUCCAUAGCGCUAACAAAAUAAGCUAUGUUAUCGUGAGAUAAAACACUUACAGACAGCUAUGGGUGACCAAGACUAAAAGGUGAAGGAAGAAGCCCCCAUGUGAGAUGGAUUUCCUCACCCUGUUCGCUGUCUACGUCACGGUGGUGCUGACAUGUAUAGUGUUAGUUUGCAAAUACUCAGGCCAGCAGCAAACUCCAUUUAGUAUCCUCUUCAACUUUGUAGGAAAGGUGUUUGCACCGAUUACACCAAGAUGGCUCCAGAAGUUUUCACAGAGGACCUUACACAGGCUGUUUCAUCAAAGGAACAACAUGUUCAUCUACCUGCACAUCCUGAUAGAGGCCGCUGUGCUUGCAGAGUUCACCUACGAGGUGUUUGGCUUCUGCAGGGAUAUGGAUACCAGUCUGAUCAGCCUGUCCGUGCCUUAUAUACUGCUGGUUAUCAAGAGUCUCUGCUUCUACCUCUGCAUCAGGAGAGAUCCAGGAACAGUGACGAAGAAGAAAAUCGCCGGCCAGCUGCACAUCUAUCCGUAUGACAGGAGGCUGUUUCACCCGGGCGUCUCCUGUGAAACCUGCGAGCUCGUCAAACCGGCUCGCUCCAAACACUGCAGGGUCUGCGACAGGUGUGUUCAACGCUUUGACCACCACUGCGUCUGGGUGAACAACUGCAUCGGUGCUCAGAACACACGCUACUUCCUGCUUUACCUCUUCAGCGUGUGCGCCGCGGCGGGCGAUGUGGCCGUUCUAACAGGAGACAUGCUGCUUCACGCCGUCCUGAGGUCAGGGCUCCUGAGGUCCAGUUAUAUAGACGAGGAAGGCCAGCAGCAGUCAGCAGGGCCUCUGUUUGUUGUGCAGCAUCUGUUCCUGACCUUCCCCCGAAUCGUCUUCAUGUUGGGAUUUCUGGUCUUUGUCUUCUUCCUCCUCGCGGGUUAUGCUCUUUUCCAUUCCUACCUGGCUCUCGUGAACCAGACCUCCAACGAGUGGUACAAAAGUCGAGGUUACGUGUGUCAGCACUGCCACCCGACUGCAACCGCUGACCAUCUCUGCAGCCCGGCACCAGACCACUCUAAAAGAAACUACUACAGCAGAGGAAUACUCCGAAACCUGGGAGAGAUCUUCUUCCCUCCACGUCCAGUUCACAAAAAAGACAACUAAAAGAAAUUACUAGUCUGUGUUGUUAUGCUGAAUUUUUUUGUACACCCCCUGGGGUCACUGUGCCUAAGAACUACUGCUGACUGAAAGAAUAAAGUUUGCGGUAGCAAUUUAUUUACGAGCUCUGGUGUCUACCUCCCACACAAUGUAUUGUAUUAAUAAGCUCUGGCAACAUUUACAGCAAACACAAAAGUAAUUAGAUGUUUUGACUCCCAAUUUAGAACAUAUUUGUUCAUUCUUGUUCUGCCAUUGAGUAAAGGCAUUAGCUUGACCGGAAGUGCAGUUGUUUGGGUGUUGUUUUGUACCUGGCUUCUUUUUGUAAUGCUUUGUAGCCUAUAAUCAAAGCUUAGAAUACGACGUGAUUA